UGAACUUGUGCAGGGCUGCUUCGCUCCUCUCACCAGUCAGUUCUCAGUCAAGUCACUCAGUGCGUCAGUCGGGCAGUCUGCAAACGCGCACCACCGCAUGGCUUGUGUUUGCGCCGACUUUCCUCACUAACAAGUGGAAUCUUGUCUCUCCCGACGAGGACGGACGAAACACCGGACACUGCGAGGGAAGAGGAUCCAGUGCUCGGCUUGAAUCGUGACGUCUUUAUUGGCGUGUCGUGCAUGUUUAAAUCGGAGCGCCGUGGUGCCGAGUGUCGGCCAGACGAGUAGUUCGAGCAGCGGCCACCUCAGUCCGCAGGCAUGACUUGGAAACGGGUCGCCGUCUUUGCUGCCUUCUUACUCCCUUUUAUCCUAAAGGUGUCAGAUGGAUCGGGACAGUUCGAGUUGCAAAUCUUGUCCACGCACAACCUAAACGGAGAGUUACUAAGCGGAGCGUGUUGCCACGGCACACGGAACACGGCGGACACCAAGUGCACACGGGGAGAGUGCAGUACCUUUUUUAAAGUUUGCCUCAAGGAAUAUCAGUCAAGGGUUUCAGCGGCGGGGCCGUGCAGUUUCGGAAUGGGAUCUACGCCUGUCCUCGGAGGGAAUACCUUUUCUUUUAGAAGCUCGGUCAGGAAUGACAAGGCCAGGAUAGUUUUGCCCUUCAGCUUCGCCUGGCCGAGAUCCUACACUUUGAUAGUAGAAGCUUUGGACUUCAACAAUGAAACCAAUGGUGCAGAUGGGAAGGCGAUAGCGAAAUCUUCGCACUCGGGCAUGAUCAACCCCAGCCCGCACUGGCAGAAGCUGACUCACAACGGCCCCAUUGCUCAGUUUGAGUACCAGAUCCGGGUCAGCUGCGAUGAGCACUACUAUGGCUUCGGCUGCAACAAGUUCUGUCGGCCCAGGGAUGAGUUCUUUGGGCAUUACACGUGCGACUACAACGGGAACAAGACUUGUCUGGAAGGCUGGUCGGGACCAGAGUGCAACACGGCAAUAUGCCGACAAGGCUGCAGCACCGAACACGGAUCGUGUCAGGAGCCAGGCGGAUGCACGUGCUUGUAUGGUUGGCAAGGCCAAUACUGCGACAAGUGUAUCCCCCACCCCGGCUGUGUACAUGGCACCUGUGGGGAGCCCUGGCAGUGCCUCUGUGACACCAACUGGGGCGGACAUCUUUGCGACAAAGAUCUGAAUUACUGUGGCACUCACCAGCCGUGCAUGAACGGAGGGACUUGCAUCAACACGGGACCGGACAAGUACCAGUGUUCGUGUGUUGAGGGCUACUCUGGAGCCAACUGUGAGAGAGCGGAACAUGCCUGUUUGUCCAACCCAUGCUCUAAUGGCGGGAGCUGCUCAGAAACCAGUCAUGGUUAUGAAUGUCAUUGUGUGCCAGGAUGGAGCGGCCCUUCCUGCACUCUCGACAUUGACGACUGCUCUCCAAACCCUUGUAAUCACGGAGGGACCUGCCAAGAUCUAGUCAACAGCUACAAGUGUGUUUGUCCCUCGCAGUGGACUGGGAAGACAUGUUUGAUAGAUGCCAAUGAAUGUGACGCCAAGCCCUGCUUGAAUGCCAACUCAUGCCGCAACCUGAUUGGUGGAUACUUCUGCGAAUGCAUCCCUGGUUGGACGGGGCAGAACUGCGACUUCAAUAUUAACGACUGCAAGGACCAGUGCCAAAACGGGGGAAUCUGCAAGGACUUGGUGAAUGGCUAUCGCUGUGCGUGUCCCCCUGGCUUCGCCGGCGAGCACUGCGAGAGGGACAUCGACGAGUGCUUGAGUUCGCCGUGUCUGAAUGGCGGGCGCUGUCAGGAUGAAGUUAACGGCUUCCAGUGUCUUUGUCUGGCCAGAUUUUCGGGGAAUCUAUGCCAGCUGGAUAUCGAUUAUUGCUCGCCCAACCCGUGUCAGAACGGAGCACCCUGCUUCAACCUGGCCACAGACUACUACUGCGCCUGCCCCGAAGACUAUGAGGGCAAGAACUGCUCUCACCUCAAAGACCACUGUCGCACCACCACGUGUAAAGUGAUAGACAGUUGCACCGUGGCGGUGGCAUCCAACAGUACACCGGGAGGAGAGCGCUAUAUUUCAUCCAAUGUGUGCGGACCUCAUGGCCGGUGCCGGAGCCAAGCUGGUGGUCAGUUCAGCUGCGAAUGUCAAGAAGGCUUCAGAGGAACUUACUGCCACGAGAACAUUAAUGACUGCGAGAGCAGCCCAUGCCGCAAUGGUGGCACCUGCAUUGACAAAGUUAGCGUGUACCAGUGUAUCUGCGCUGAUGGCUGGGAGGGCGACCACUGUGAGAUCAACAUUGACGACUGCAGCACCAACCCCUGUCAUAAUGGCGGGACGUGUCGGGACCUGGUGACUGAUUUCUUUUGCGAGUGCAAGAAUGGCUGGAAGGGGAAAACGUGCCACUCCCGCGAAAGCCAGUGCGAUGAAGCCACUUGCAACAACGGAGGCACCUGCCACGAUGAAGGCGACACGUUCCAGUGCAAGUGCUUACCGGGGUGGGAGGGAACAACAUGCAACAUAGCUAAGAACUCAAGUUGUCUUCCAAACCCUUGUGAGAAUGGUGGCACCUGCGUAGUGACUGGGGAGUCUUUCUCCUGUGUCUGCAAAGAGGGCUGGGAGGGUCCCACGUGCAACCAAAACACCAACGACUGCAGUCCCCACCCAUGCUACAACAGUGGAACCUGCGUUGACGGAGACAACUGGUACCGCUGCGAGUGCGCCCCAGGCUUCGCCGGUCCAGACUGUCGAAUCAAUAUCAAUGAGUGCCAGUCCUCUCCAUGCUCCUUCGGCUCAACCUGUAUUGAUGAAAUUAAUGGCUACCGAUGUGUGUGCCCGCCAGACAGGAGUGGGACGCACUGUCAAGAAGUGACAAGAAAAGCCUGCUCAGUUAACGGACACGUGAUCUCAGAUGGGCUCAAAUGGGAUGAAGACUGCAACACUUGCCACUGUUCCAACGGGAAAGUCGUAUGCACAAAGAUGUGGUGCGGUCCAAUGACUUGUCAUCUUGGCGCCUCAGUUCAAGGCGGGUGUCCUUCAGGCCAGAGCUGCCUCCCCAUCAGGGAGGGCCACUGUUUCGUCAAGCCCUGCCUCGGAUUCGGGGAGUGCUGGCGUUCCAGCCCGGUCCCGCCAACGCCCAAAUGUCACCCCAAUUCCGGUUACCAGGACAAUAGCUGCGCCAACAUCACCUUCACCUUUAACAAGGACAUCUUGACAAGGGGGGGGCAGAGCUUGACAGUGGAGAAUGUGUGUAACCAGCUGAGGCGCUUGUACGUGGUCAAGAAUUUCUCCUUGGAGCAUUCCGUGUCCAUAACCUGUGACCCGUCAUUCUCGGCCAGCAACGAGAUCCACGUUUGCAUCUCAACAGAGGAGCAGCGUUUGGACGGGAGCCCCAUAAAAGAGAUUACAGAGCGAAUAAUCAACCUGGUUAGCAAACGCAACGGGAACAACACCAUCAUCGCUUCCAUCGUGGAAGUGCGCGUGCCAAGCGCCAGCAAAACUGACUACUUGGUGCCCCUCCUCAGCUCCGUCUUCAUCGUCCUCUGGGUCCUUGUGCUCAUUUUGCUCUUACUGUGGUGCAUGCGUCGACGGCGGAAACAGAGCAACUCCGGUGGCGGCGGCGGCGGAGGCGGCGCAGCGGCCUCCAGCUCGGAGGACAACACCACCAACAAUGUGCGCGAGCAGCUGAACCAGAUCAAGAACCCCAUCGAGAAACACGUGGGCCUCUCGGUGGCCAUCAAAGACUACGAAAACAAGAACUCCAUCAUUGCCAAUAUUAGGACAAAUCACCCCGAGGGGGACGAGGACGACAAGGAGAGGCACCUCCAGAAAAGCCGCUUUGCCAAACAGCCAGCGUACACGCUAGUGGAGCGGGAUGAGAAGAUCUCCAGCCCUAACUCCACAUCCAAACACCCAAAUUGGACUAAUAAACAGGACAACAGAGACUUGGAGACGGCAAACAGCAUAAACAGAAUGGACUACAUAGUAUAGCGGACAGCUGUGUUGCUGUGCAACCGAGCCUUAAACGUCUUCGCACCCCGGUGGUGGGUGAACGAGGGGAGCUUUGGCAUGCCUGGUUGGUAAACCAUUAUGUCAGUGGUGACCCCGCAGUAUUUUCCCAUUUUGCCCGUGUUAAUUUAAAUUUUGACAAGCUGGCUUACACUGGCAGUGACGGUUGCUUUGGUUGGCUGGAAACACAAAGCACUGGUAUACAUUUCACUGUAGAAUGUUAAGUUUACUCCACUACAUUUAAGUCCCACCCCCAGCCUGCCCCUCCUCCAUUUCUUUUACUUUUAUGUAUUUAGUGGACACAUGGAAUGGGCUCCUGUUGUAAUAGUUGUACAAUGACUAAAACAACCCUGUUGUAUUCAGCACUAGAGCUAAUCAUUUUAGUGUUCUUUGAAUUUUUUUUUUUUUUUUUUUGUACCGUUUUGGAGAAAGUGCCUUUUUCAGCUUUAGAUUUUGCCACUGUCAAAUGAGAAAAAAAAAAAAGAAAAGAAAAAAUGAUCAACUUUAUUAUUUAUUUUUAUUUGGGGGGGAGAGCGAGAGGAGGAUGGGGUGGGUUUAAUGUCAGCAAUUGCUGCCAAUAUGAAGAAUUUAUGAUGAUUUAGAACAUGUAGAUAUGUACAUUUUUUUUAUUAAUCAUUGUGUAUAUGUGAUUUAUUAAUUUAAUAAUCAAGAGCCUUAAGAUAUCAUUCCUUUUUAUUUAUAUGUUCUGUCUAGUUUGAAGGUUUUGAUAGCUGUGGAAGCUUACCAUUUCUUUCAAUGACCGUUUUCUUCCAAUGCGUUCUAUAAAGCCAAAUGUCAGAAACUACAGGCACUUUUGGCCUAAGACUUAUUUUUUACACAUUUGACAUUUUGUUCAUUUGUUGCCAGGACAUUGACUGAAGGCAAGGGCAGAUAAAUAAAGGCUGCUUGCUGUGAGGGAUGGACAUGGUGGCAGACAUAUUGCUUGCCAUCAGACAGUAAGGGAACAAAAAUGUCCGAACGCAGCCUCAAACGUUUCACUCUCACAUUUCAAAGGCUGUCGAGAUCCGGCAACAUGACAAGGCAGGUCACAUGACUACGUCAAGCAAGGAUUCCCAUCCGCAUUAGUCAGCAUGAUAUCAUAAGCUAGACUGUGAGUACUUGAAGAGUAGAUUGGCGAUGGGAACACUGUAGAACCACAUUAAAGACACUGCCUCCCUUGACAAAGUUUUUGAUUUGAUUUGUUUCUGAGCACACAGUUUAAUGAGGCUCCUAAGACAAACAUGUUAAUCUCAUUUGUUAACUCUUUUGAGAGCAUGGCAACAUUUUUGUCCAUUUUUGACUUGUUUGAACUUGAGAACAAUGUGUUGAUCUGGCAAUAUAUUUUUGAAAGUUGUAUUUAUUAAAUAUUUUGUAUGAAAAGAGAAUUAAAGAUGUCUUUGUUCUAGAUA